AUGGUCCCCAUGAAUCAUCGGUGCGUCAGUUCCAAUGCAAUGAAGCGAAGGCUACGUGGCAAGAAUGUCCUCAAUGAUGUCGACGACAUUCAACAACUUCAAGAAUUGGCUGGAAACUGCAAUUGGUUUGGACCAGGCAGCAGGAUCAUCAUAACUUCAAGAGGCAAGCGUGUGUUAGAGGAGCAUAAUGUGAAACACAUCUAUGAAGUGAAGCUGAAGAUUAGUGAUUUAUUGCUUGAAGUCGUAGUUGAUAUAGCACUUGGUAAUGGGCCUGAGCAGUACUCUCUACCAAAAAUGGUCAUGGCUGAUGAAGUUUUAGAUAAUUUAAUCGUGGCUUAUGUUGUGAAUCUAGUGGCAAAGACAAUUUUCCUAAAUCUGUUUUGUAAAUCCCUGACUGUAUUAGCAUCCAUCUGGAAGGCCCUUGCAAGAACAUUCGGGUCUAUAGCUGGGUUAGACCCAAACACCGUGUUAGCAAUCGUGAUAACACCUGCGUUCUGGCUGCUCAAAGCAGCGAUUGCAACCGCAGGAGUUCGUCCUAGGUUGAACUGGAAAUGGAUGAGUCCUUCUGGAAACACAAACACAUCACCUACGUUGAGCGUUUUGGCGAAAAGGCGGUUUCCAUCUUGGUUUGAUGAGAUAAACCCUACGAGUAAAGUUCCUUGUUGCACAACCAAGAUCUCGGUGGCACGUGGUGAGAUCCCAAGAGUGUUUUAUCCUCCAAGGUUGUUAACAUUAACGGUUGUCACAUUAGAACCAACUGCGUUAUUUACAUUUCCAGCUCUGUUGAGUCCUGGGAAGAAGAAAUCAUCUGUGGAAACAAUCCUUGGAUCCUUGCAGAACUUCCCAUUCACAAACACUGAACAUAGUAUAAGAAUAUAA